CACUGAUCAUCAGGGCACUGAUGAUCAGUAUAGCCCCAUCAGUGCCACCUGUCAGUGUCCAUCAUUGCCACAUACCAGUGCACAUCAAUGCCACAUAUCAAUGCCCAUCAGAGCUGCCUUUCAGUGCCAACUAUCAGUACCAGACAGUGCCGCCUAUCAGUGCCAAUCAAUGUUGCCUAUCAGUGCCACCUAUCAGUGCCAUGCCCAUCAGUGAUACCUGUCAAUGCCCACAAGUGAUGCCUGUCAAUGCCCAUCAGUACCACCUACCAGUGCCUCCUCAUCAGUGCUGCCUAUCAAUGCCCAUCAGUGCAGCCAAUCAAUGCCCAUCAGUGCAGCCUCAUUAGCGCACAUCAGCGA